GUAAUAGAUAGGGAAGGAUAUUAACCCAGAAACUAAUCAUUAGCUUAUGUUGGUAGCAAGAAAAUGGAUCAUGGGUGGUAUUCCAACCUUCCCGAAUGGCUGAGCUCUUGCCCCCUUUAUAAGUGCACCAAUCUGCAGGAAACUAAUUUGCAUGUUAUCAGGGGAACUGUGGUCAUUCGCCGGACCCUUGGCCAGCGAGGUCCCGGAAAUUCAGCUUCAAUCCAUCUCUACAGUAGCACCUCAAUUGAUCCUUCCAAUGGGAAAGCUAGGUUGAGUGAGAAAGCAAAUUUGAGACAUGGCAGGAAAGGCAAACACAAUGGGGAGAACAGCAUAAUAUACAGGAUUAAGUUCCAAGUCGAUCCAGAAUUUGGAGUACCUGGGGCUUUCAUCACCAAAAACCAUAACAAUCACGAGUUCUUCCUUAUCUCUGCAACUCUUGAGUUGCUCCAUCAUCAUGUUGCUCAAAAUCGAAAAUUUCAUUUCGAUUGCAACUCUUGGGUUUACCCAUUUAGUAAGACACACUGCGGCCGCAUCUUCUUCUCUAAUGCUUGUUAUCUUCCAAAUCUUACACCAGAAGCUAUAAGACCAUUGAGGGAAGAAGAACUUAUUAGCUUGAGGGGGAAUGGAAGUGGUGAAAGAAAAGAAUGGGAUCGAGUUUAUGAUUAUGAUUACUAUAAUGAUCUCGGAAGUCCAGAUAAAGGCCUUGAACAUGUACGACCAGUCCUCGGUGGAUCAGAAAAGUACCCAUAUCCUCGGCGAGGAAGAACAGGGCGCCCUCCUACCCAGGAAGAUCCUUCAACCGAAAGUAGGCCGGAAAUGAUAAAACUAGACAUCUAUGUUCCUCCAGACGAGCGAUUCAGCACUCAGAAAAUGUCAGAGUUCAUAUCGAAUUCAAUUGAAGCAAUCAUACAUUUCUUAAUGCCUGAGGCCAAAGCUUUGUUUAAGAAUGAAUCCAGCAGUUUCGACUCAUUCGAGGAGAUACAUGAUCUGUAUGAUGAUAACAACAACAACAACCCAAAUAAGGUGCUAGAAGGGUGGGUAAUAGAGAAAUUGAAGAAAUUAGUUCCACAGGAGCUCUUAAGAGAGAUGAAUAAUAUUGGAAGCAAACAUCAUCAAGUCAAAUUUCCACUUCCUCAAAUUAUAGCAAAAAAUGAGAUGGCUUGGAAGGAUGAUGAAGAAUUCGGACACGAAAUGCUUGCAGGGGUUAAUGCAUCCAUAAUCAAAUGUUUAAGGAAAUUUCCACCUCAAAGUAAAGAUGGCUGGAAGAGUAACAUAAAUGCCGCACAUUUGGAGGGAAAUUUGGAUGGUUUAUAUCUUGAUGAGGCAAUGAGACAAGGAAGGAUAUUAAUGUUGGAUCACCAUGACUACCUCCUCCCAUUCCUAGAGAGGAUAAACACACAAGAGGUUUGUGUGUAUGCAUCCCGGACCCUUCUAUUCCAGAGGAAUAAUGCAACCCUAAAGCCAGUUGCAAUCGAAUUGAGCUUACCAAGCUUUGAAGAGGGCGAAGUAAUCAGUCAAGUAUUUCUACCGGCUACCACUGGCACCAAAGCAUCAUUGUGGCAUCUUGCGAAGGCUCAUGUUGUUGCUAAUGAUUUUGGUUACCAUCAAUUAAUUAGCCAUUGGUUAAAGACACAUGCAGUCGUUGAGCCCUUUAUCAUCGGAACUAGAAGACAGUUGAGUGUGAUGCAUCCGAUUCACAAAUUGCUUGAUCCUCACUUCAAGGAUACCAUGCAUAUAAACGCCCUCGCUCGGAGCAUUCUCAUCAAUGCCGGUGGAAUUCUAGAGAAGACAUUGUUCCCUGGAGAGGUAUCAAUGGAGUUGUCUUCAGCACUCUACAAAAAUUGGAACUUUAGGGACCAAUCUCUUCCUAAUGAUCUUCUCAAGAGGAAUUUAGCGUUUGAGGAUGAGGAAAGCCCCACAGGAGUGCAACUUCUUUUUGAUGACUAUCCUUAUGGUGCUGAUGGACUAGAGAUUUGGAAUGCCAUCAAGAUAUGGGUUAGAGGCUAUUGCUCAAUAUACUAUAUCACUGAUGCUUCAGUCCUUUCUGACGAAGAAAUCCAAGCAUGGUGGUCAGAAAUCCGAAACAUUGGUCAUGGUGACAAGCAGAAUCAAAACUGGUGGUACAGAAUGGAUACAAUUUCUGAUUUAGUAGAGACUUUAACUACCCUUAUAUGGAUUGCUUCAGCAUUUCAUGCCUCUGUGAACUUUGGGCAAUAUGAUUAUGCCGGCUAUUCACCCAACAGACCGAUGCUUUGCCGGAGAUUUAUUCCGAUGGAGGGGACAUUCGAAUUCGCAGAGUUCCUGAAAGACCCAGAAAAGUACUAUUUGAAGAUGUUGCCCCAAAGAUUUGAGAUGACUCUAGGUUUGGCACUGAUGGAGGUUCUCUCAAGGCACACGACUGAAGAAGUGUACUUGGGUCAGAGAUCAUUGGAAUGGACAGACAAUGAGGAGGUUCAUAAGGAGUUCAAAAAAUUUGCAGAGAAUCUGAAAGAGGUAGAGAAAAGAAUCAAUGAAAGGAAUAGAAAUCCCAACCUUAAAAACAGGUACGGACCUGCAAAGAUUCCAUACACACUGUUAUACCCUGACACAUCCAAUGUGAGUUCCAAAGGUGGAAUUACAGGGAAGGGAAUUCCUAAUAGUGUAUCAAUUUAGUAGUAAUUGGGUCCUAAAAAUAAGUUCUCAUUUGUGUUUCUUAAUCUGUAUCUAUUGGGUGAUUAUAAAAGGAAUGAGAUUGAUUGUUGCAUAAA